AUGGGGUCCUCCAUCCACAGCGAAAAGCACGACGAGAAGUACGACGCUCAGCAUGUCGUCGCAGCCAAGAAGACGGCCAUUGGUGAUGAGGCCUUCCAGCAGGCCAUGCUCAAGGAGCCGCCUCCCAGAUUUCCCGCCGCCAUCCUUCUGAUCGCCAGUGCCGUCGCCUUCUGCUGCUCUACCGCCAACGGUUUCGAUGGCUCCCUCCUUGGAACUCUCCUCUCCAACAAGAAGUUCAAGGCCUUCUUUGACGUGGGCACUGCUGGUAUCGAAACCGGUAUCGUCACCUCCAUGUACCAGAUUGGUUCCGUCGUAGCUAUCCCCUUUGUUGGUCCCGCCAUCGAUACCUGGGGCCGACGAGCCGGCAUGACAAUCGGUGCCUCGAUCAUCAUCAUCGGUGUCAUUAUCCAGCUCGCCUGCUACGUCACCGCCAGCGUCGACCAGUUCAUGGCUGGCCGUUUCUUCCUUGGUUUCGGUGUUGCUAUCGCCGCCGCCGCCGGUCCCGUCUACGUCGUCGAAGUCUCUCACCCUGCCCAUCGUGGUGUCGUCACCGGUCUCUACAACGUCAUGUGGCCCGUCGGAGCCCUCGUUGCUAGCGGUUCUGCUCGAGGCAGUCUUCACCAUGCGGGUAGAACUUCCUGGAUGGUUCCCCUCGGUCUCCAGCUGAUGUUCCCCACCAUCAUCGCCUUCGGCGCCCUCUGGCUCCCCGAGUCACCUCGAUGGCUGUACACUCACAACAAGAAGGAACAGGCUACUAAGAACCUGGUCAGGCUCCACGGCCAAGGCAACCCCGAGAGUGAAUGGGUCAAGCUCCAGCUUAAUGAGUAUGAGGAGCAUCUGGAGAUGGACGGCACUGACAAGAGGUGGUGGGACUACCGCGCCCUGUUCAAGGACAGAGCCUCGAUGUACCGACUCACCUGCAACUGUCUCGUGUCUCUCUUCGGACAGUGGGCUGGCAACAACAUCGUCUCCUACUAUCUCGCCGCUUUCCUCGAGACCGCAGGCAUCCGCGACGAGGCACAGCAGAUGGACGUUGCCAUGGGCAUCAACGCUGUCCAGAUCGCCUUUGCCAUGCUUGGCGCCACUCUCACUGAUAUCGUCGGUCGUCGUCCCAUGCUGAUUGUUGUCAACAUCGUUUGCGGUCUCUGCUGGAUCGGCGUCACUGUCCCAGCUUCUAUCGGAAACAUCACUGAUGUCGACGACAAGGCGCAGGCUGACAAGGUUGCCCCCUCAGUCUCCAGGGCUGUCCUUGCUUGGGUCUACAUCUUCCAGAUCUGCUACUCAGUUGGCUGGACUCCUCUCCAGGCUCUGUACCCCGUCGAGGUCCUCAGCUACGAGAUCCGAGCCAAGGGCAUGGCCUUCAGCUCCCUCUUCACCUCUGCUGCUAUGCUUGUCAUGCAGUUUGGUAUUCCCGUCGCUCUCAAGAACAUUGCCUGGAAGACCUACAUCGUCUUCUGCGUCUGGUGCUUCAUCCAGUCCGGCAUCCUCUACUUCCUCGUCCCCGAGACUAAGAACCGAACUCUCGAGGAACUGGACCACAUCUUCGCGUCCGACAGCCCAGUCAAGACGUCCAAGCAGAAGAAGACGUACGAGGUCGACGAAAACGCCAACGUCAUCAACGUCGACGACACCGUUGCCGAUCCCAGCCACGUCUAA